UCCUUGUAUACAGGGACCCUGAGCUUGCGCCAGUCCGAGAUGGGCGGCCAGCAGUCGCGGCUGGACCAGCGCGGCCCCAACUGCGCGUUCAGCCCGAAGGAGCUGUACAACUUGAAGCAGGUUUAUUUCUUCCUGUGCCUGCAUACGACCACGCUGACGUCGUGCCAGCUGGACCGCAACCAGUUCCACUCGCUGUUCGGGAGCCACAGGCAGUACAAACCGCUCUGGCGGGCCCUCUUCGCCGCUAUGGACUCCAACGGGGACGACGUCAUCGACUUCGAGGAGUUCCUCGCCUUCUGCACGCACCUGAAGCGGGGUGACAUGCACGCGAGAAGAAGGUUGUGUUUUCGCUUGUUCGACUGCAACUGCGACGGCUUCGCGGAGAGGGCAGACUUGCGGGCCAUCGCGGAAACCCGGGCGGCGUCGCGGAGAAAGCCUUCUUGGCAGGUCGCCAACGCCAGCGAGGAGGAGUUGGAGGAUGAGUACACGAAAUUCUUCAACGCGUGCGACGAGGACGGAGACGGAAGGUUCACCGUUGAGGACUUGGACAACUACUGCACGCUCCACGGCGAGGCCAUAGUGUCCCAGACGCUGAAGCUGCUCGAGCUCAUGUUCGACGGCGUGAUCGAGGAGACGGGCAUCAUCAUAACGGCCACGGACGUGAAGAACACCAAGCCGCACAUAGACUGGCAGGACCACAAGAUCGGCGUGCCCUCCAUCUUUUGCUGCGCCUCCGCCCCGCCGGUCUUCACCACGCCGCCCGUCGCCUGA